GCGCUGUUUCCGCCCGGCCGCGCAGUUUCCGCCGGAGCGGCAUGUGGCGGCACGGGCAGCAGGGACKCGCCGGGCGCGGGGCGCGGCGCCGCGGGCCCCGAUAGCGGGGGGCGGCCGCCACUGCAAGGCGCCGCGACCAUGCUGGGAGCGGACGAGUUCAUCAGCUCCCCGCCCAAGAAGACGGUGCGGUUCGGGGGGACCCUGGCCGACAUCCUGCUCAAGUAUGAAAAGGGUGAUACCACGGAUUUUGAAUUGUUGAAACAUCAGCUGUCAGAUCCAGAUAUAAAGGAUGCCCAGAUCAUUAAUUGGCUGCAUGAAUUUCGAUCUUCUGUUGUAUAUUUGACCAAAGAGCUUGAACAACUGGUCAGCAUUUUGCUGAAGCUGCCGUGGUUGAGAAGGAGUCGAGAGGUUGUGGAAGAAUAUCUGAGCUUUCUUGGCAAUCUGGUGUCAGCACAAACUGUGCAUCUCAGGCCAUGCCUCCGGAUGAUCGUGUCACAGUUUGUCCCCCCUCGAAUAACCAUCAGAGAAGAUGAUGUGGAUAUAUCAGAUUCUGAUGAUGAUGAUGAGAACAUUUCUGAAAACUUYGAUACUUGCCACAGAGCACUGCAAACUGUUGCAAGAUAUGUUCCUUCGACACCACAGUUCCUCAUGCCGAUACUUGUGGAUUUCUUUCCUUUCAUCAAUAAAUCAGAAAGAACUCUGGAAUGUUAUGUCCACAACCUGCUGCGAGUUACAGUGUACCUUCCUACUCUGAGGCUUCAAAUUCUGGAGCUUAUUGUUGAAAAACUGUUGAAGUUGGAUGUUAGCACUCCACAGCAAGAAAUUGAAGAUGCUGAAGAAACUGCUAAUAACGGUGCUAGCGAGGAAAAAUCUACAGAGGAGGGACUUUUUGACAUGGAGGAAGAUGAAGACAGAAAAGGAAGCAAARGUGUCUCUCCCAGUAGUGAGAGAAUGGCCCAUCCACUUGCAGAGCGCCUGGACAUCCUGAUGACCAUCCUGUUUUCAUAUAUUAAAGAUGUUUGCCACGUGGAUGGCAAGCUUGACAUCAGCAACACAAAGCAUUUGUAUCGGGAUCUGGUUUCUGUUUUUGACAAGCUCAUUUUACCAACCCAUGCUUCAUGUCACGUACAGUAUUUCAUGUUUUACAUCUGCAGCUUUAAAUUGGGGUUGGCUGAAGCAUUUUUAGACCAUCUUUGGAAGAAACUGCAGGAUCCAAACAAUCCUUCAGUCAUCAGGCAGACUGCUGGGAGUUACAUUGGCAGCUUCUUGGCAAGAGCUAAAUUUAUUCCCAUUGUUACAGUAAAAGCAUGUCUGGACCUUCUGGUGAACUGGUUGCAUAAAUACAUUGAUAAUCAGGAURCAGGAACUAAUGCUUACUGUGAUGUAGCUCUCCAUGGGCCAUUUUAUUCUACCUGUCAGACAGUGUUCUAUACGCUUAUUUUCCGUCAUAAACAACUUCUGGAUGGAAAUUUAAGGAAAGGUCUGGCAUACCURCAGAGUUUAAAUUUUGAGCGCAUUGUCAUGUGUCAGCUAAACCCACUGAAGAUCUGUAUCCCAUCUGUUGUCAACUUGUUUGCUGCCAUUACCAGGAAAUACCAGUUGGUGUUCUGCUACACGAUUAUUGAGAGGAACAACAGGCAGUUCAUCCCCGUUGUGCGGAGCGGCACAGGGGGGGACCUGGUGCAGACCUGCACCAACCCCCUCGACAGCUUCUUCCCCUUUGACCCCUACAUACUCAAAAGAUCAAAGAAGACCAUUGAUCCUAUGUAUCAGUUCUGGGAAGAGCUGAGUGCUGAAGAUCUUGAGAACCUGAAGAAACCCAUUAAAAAGGGUUCUUCUGAAGAUGAAGAUGAUGACUUUCUGAAAGGAGAAACUCCUCAGAAUGAUAGUGUGGUUGAAAUUGCUCCGAAUUCUUACGAGUCCAACACGCGGAGCCCCGUGAGCAGCAUUGGCUCCCCUGCAGACUGUUAUGURCCGUACCCACUGUGACAACCAGAAGGGAAAAGGUUGAAAAUUGUGUGCAAUGUUUUGCUGUGGAAAGAGACUUGAGCUUCACUUUCCAAACUGACAAAUGUUUAAAUAAUUACAUUUAAGAAAAAUUACUGUUUCUUAGUCAUCAGAUUUCUACAGAUAUGUUAAAGUCACAUGUUGCUAGAAAAGUUUAGAGAAUAAAUAGGGUGAUAUUUUACAAAUUUCACAUUGAAAUGGUUUUUAUGACUUAGAAGGAUUUUUUUACAGUUUUUUUUCUGACUCUUCAAAAUUUUGUUUACUAAUAUUUCUCUACAAGGUUUUAUAUAGCAGAAGUAAAAUUCUGGUGUUUGUUCCUGCAGAUUUGUAUGAGGGCCACAAUUCCACUGUCAGUAUUCUGGCUGAUGACUCUUCUUGAGUUGGUUUCAAAGUUAAUUGUGUAAUCUCUCAAUAGGCAGGGUGUGACUCCAGUCUGACAGUGGUUCUUACACACAUCUCUUCAGCUUUCCCUGCCUAUAGAACAGUUCUUGGUGAAGCCAAGUGGGACAUGUAAUCAGAMUGAAAGCAUUAUUCCUCCCUAAAUCUGUAGCUGCCACACCUUUUCCAGCUAUGAAAGCUCAGACAUGCAAAAGUGRUGGUUGUUGGAAGUGUUGAAAAUGAGGGAGUAGCUGAAUGUAUUAUUUAUAGRUAGUUUUCUUUAGGGUGCUUGUGAAGCACUCUGAGACUUGUGAAGCACUCUGGUAUUUAUUUGCAGGAUUUGAAGUUUAUAUGUGAAUGCUGAAAAUAGAAAAAAAAAAAAUCUUCCCUUGUGGAAAGGAAGURAUGGUGUCAGUGGUGUCCUUGUGUUGUCCAUGUGUCUGUCAGUCAGUGUAGAGUUUCUCUACAGAGGUUUCUUGUCUUUUCAUCGUUGCUGGCUUUUAGAUUUGAGUAAGAAUAUGAACAAUGGGGGGGAAAAAAAGUUAUUUGUGUACCAUUUAGUUUAAAACUUUAUGCCUUUGGGACUAAACUCUAAUUACCCUUCUUUAGAAUCUGAACUUGGAGGCUUUUGAGACAUUUUUAUUUGGAACCAAUAAAGUUUGAUGCAAGAAGUGCAAUUCAGACAUCUUUGAGAAAGCCACGUUUCUGUAUGAAACUGAGGUGCCCUCUGUGUAGUCUGACAUUUCAAAGUUGGGGUAUUCAUUCUGACAGACUGCAGAAUUGAAUUUUGGGGAUAACAUUGCAAAGUACAUCAGUGGACCUGUUCAUCAUUGUACAAACGGAGAGGUUUUGGUUUUAAUUGUAGUCCUCUUUAUUGUGAGUCCUGAGUAAUAAACAAUAGAUUUCCAUCUCAAAUAAUUGCAUUUUCUGCUGGCACGGGAAACCCCUUCUCMGAUCAACAGCAAGGAAAACAUCCUUUGAAAGAUGUCUUUCAUACACUUUUUCCAAAAUGAGACUCCAAUAAAUUU